AUGAUGGUAAGGCGAAGACCGGAAAUAGCAAAUGUUUGUAAAACUGGACGAGGUGUUUUAUCCACAAACAGGCGCUGGAACAACAAGUCCACCAUGGGUCUGUGCGGCGGCCUGUCUCACUGUAAAACAGCGUUGGGGUUUGCCGUGCUCAUGGACCUGCUGGGUGGAGCCGCUCUGCUGCUCGGAGUCUUUGCUCCCUUGGAGAUUGACGGGACCGACUUUGGAGACUUCCUGGUCUACAGUGGAGCCCUGCUCGUGGUGGCGUCCCUGGCCGGGUGGGUUCUGUGGUACAGCGGGAACAUCGAGGGCCUGACCGAGAAGAAGGACAUGGGACAGAUCAGCAGCGCCGUCGACCGCCUCGCCCGGAACCUCAGCCGCAAGAUCCGCACGCUCCAAAGCCACCGCUGAGCAGAGUCGCUUUUUUAAAGUCUUAUUUUUAUCAGAGAUCCAAAAAGUUUCAAGAGAAAGGUGCUACAAGCCGGUUAGAAACAUUUCAGCUGCAGAUAUUGUUGCUCUGUUACAAAGUGUUCAUUUUAAUUUUUUUAUUAGAAGUUAUAUAUUUUCAAUGAAAUCCAACUAAAGUGUUUUGAUAAAC